AAAUGGUGCUGCGAACUGCAAUUGUCCAAUCGGCCAAACGUAUUCCACUAAUAAAAUUCCGCAAAGGCGGUUAUCCAGGUUUGACAGCUGCUGGAGCACAGGCGAGUUCAUUCCCUAAUACCUUGGAGUCAAAAAAUAAUCCUGCUGUACUUGAAGACUGGGAGUUGCCACCACGUUACUGGCGCAAACCUAUUAGUGUCGAUGAAAUGGAGUAUAUCAAUCGGGGUGGUCCAGCUUAAAUCGAAAG